UCGAUGAUCGGGAAUGGGAGGAGCGAUUCCGGGCAAGCGCAAGGCGGGAUUGCGCUCGCUGCUCAAGCUCGGCGUUGCGGCAUUUGGAUUUCUCGCCGGGAUAGGGCUCUUGGUGGGGAGCUACAGUGUGAGGCAUCCGGCUGCUGGGAUUUCUGGCGUUGAUCGCCGCGAUGCUCCUCCGCAUGGCCUGCAUUUUAUGCGGGGAAAGAAUGUGGUGCUUGUCUCUCACGAGCUCACCCUCACAGGGGGUCCUUUGUUGCUCAUGGAGCUCGCUGUGCUUCUCAAAAACGCUGGCGCCACUGUCCAGUGGAUGACUAUCAACAAGAGAGAUGGUGCUGGGAGUGAAGUUACUGACAAUCUCGAGCAGAGAUUACAAAACAAAGGAAUCCUGCUGGUUCCAGCAAAAGGAGAAGAGACUGUCCGCGCAGCGGUUGAUUCGGACUUGGUUGUCCUCAACACUGCCGUUGCGGGGAAGUGGAUAGAUUCUACGCUCAAGGAGUCGGAUCAGCAGCGAGUUCUUCCCAAAGUUUUGUGGUGGAUUCACGAGAUGCGUGGUCACUACUUCACGCUCAAUUACGUCAAACAUAUGCCCGAGGUGGCCGCAGUGAUGAUCGACUCUCAUGCCACGGCCGAGUAUUGGAAGAACCGGACACAACAACGUCUCGGGAUAAAGAUCCCAAAGGUCCACGUCGUGCAUCUGGGAAAUAGCAAAGAUCUCACGGAAGCAGCGGAAAAUCCUCUCGCUCGUCAUUUGCUCCGUCAGCAUGUAAGAGAAUCGCUCGGUAUUUCGGACCGCGAUGUUAUGUUCUCCGCGAUCAACAGUGUUUCCAGAGGCAAAGGCCAGGACCUCUUUCUCAAGGCAUUCGCUCAGGCCUUGAAAACUCUGGGGUCUAGUACUGGGAUUUACGCUGUUAUAGUGGGAAGCGACUGGAUCGGGCAGCCAAAGUUUGAAGCGGAGCUGCGAGAGCUUGUCGAGAAGAACGGCAUGCAGCACGUAGUUCGAUUUGUGAACAAGACGAUGAAUGUGGUUCCAUAUCUUGCUGCGUCAGACGUUCUCGUCCAAAACUCUCAGGCACGAGGAGAGUGCUUUGGAAGAAUUUCAAUCGAAGCGAUGGCAUUCAAGCUUCCCAUUCUGGGUACUGCUGCCGGUGGAACCACGGAGAUCGUCGUGGACGGAUCCACUGGUUUCCUUCACCAAGUUGGCAAGGAAGGUGUUCCCGACUUAGCCUCCAACAUCAUCAACCUCUUUCGAGAUCCAAAGUUGAGAGCUCGCAUGGGUGAAGCGGGCUACAAGCGCGUCCAGGAGCAAUUUCUCGAGCAACACAUGUCCGAGAGAAUAGGAAGAGUUCUCAAGGAAGUGCUGCAGCAGUAGUGACCUCUUCCUUUCGAUUCGUGCCGCAGAUAUUGGACAGCAGCACCGUGCUUCCCGAGCUGGAUAUCACGAGAAACUUUGCAUGAACCGAGGAGUGUCUGCCACGCCAAGCUGUCGGGGACGAAGGGCAUGCUCUCGAUCAGCUCUCGGGCGUCCUGCUGCUGCCCGGCUCUCGCAAAGAGAUCGACCAUGCAGUAGAAGUGAUUCUCGUCAGGUUGGA